UCCUUUCUCGAAGAAUAUUCAUAAGCCGCGCGCUGAAAUCGAAAACGAGGCUAAGGUCGGUAAACAAAAUGUCAGCGUCAGCACGGGGAGGACAGGGCCACGACAAACACUGUUGUGUACCAUUAUGCACUGGAAAUGGGAGAUUAAAUCCAGAGUUAUCAUUUCACAAAAUACCAAAAGCAUCAGAAAUGAGGCGAGCAUGGAUCCAAGCCAUCAGAAGAGAUCCCGGUCCUCUUUUUACCAUAAGUGAACAAACCGUAGUUUGCUCUCGCCACUUCAAACCUAGUGAUAUUAAAUGGACACCAGUAAGAACCACAUUGAAACCGGGAUCUGUACCUUCGAUUUUCCAUUGGAAGGCAGAUUCCAACACUCGACGUCCAAUUGUAAAACAUCCCAUUCCAGAAAAAAGACCAAAGCAGGAGUUUGAUGAUGAAAGAGAGAGACCCGAUGAAACAGAUUCUAUAUCAAUGUCAAAUGAGGAUGGUUCUCCUCCUCCUGAUGAAAUGCAGAGAAAGAUAGUGAGAAUCGAAGAAUUAGAGGCUUUGUUACAGAAGAAGGAUGAAGAAAUAAGGAGUAUACAACAAAAGAUGGAGAUAGAACGAUUUGGAAUCCAACGUUUUUCAAAUGACAAUUCAAUGAUACAAUUCUACACAGGUUUUACAUCAAUGGCUAUGUUUUCAGCUUUCUUUGAAUAUGUCAGACCUACUGCAACCUGUAUGAACAGCUAUUACUAUAAAUCCUGUGAUAAAUCCAAUCAGCAGAUCACAGUCAGCAAACAAAGAAGCAUGCUUUUAAUUGAUGAGUUGUUCAUGUUUGUGUGCAGACUAAAAUGUGGUCUUAUGGCACAAGAUUUAGCAGUCAGGUUCAAUUGUCAUGUGUCAACAGUUAGUCGCAAGAUCAUAACAUGGGCAAACUUUUUGUAUUUCAUUUUAGGCAGCAUGAAUAUUUGGUCUAGUAAGGAACAAAUUUAUGAAAAAAUGCCCCAGUCCUUCAAGAUGUUUUACCCCUCAACUAGAAUCAUAAUUGACUGUACAGAGAUAAAAACCGAGCGCCCAUCAUCCCUAGCACUAGGAUCCAAAUGUUAUUCAACGUAUAAGAGUUCCCACACAUGGAAAGGGCUUGUUGGAAUUGCUCCUCAUGGGGCUCUAACUUUUGUGUCUUCUUUAUACACAGGGUGUUUGUCAGAUGUUGAAAUUACAAAAUUAUCUGGUCUUAUUGAUCUUCUAGAAGAAGGCGAUUCAAUUAUGGCAGACAAAGGGUUCGUCUUAAACAAAGUAUUAGAAGGGACAGGCAUAUCUGUCAAUACUCCACCAUUUCUUCUUAGCCAAGGUCAGUUUUCAAAGCAGGAAGUAGAAGAAACACAAAUAAUUGCCAAGCUUAGAAUACAUAUUGAACGACAUAUUCGGAGGGUCAAAGAAUACCAUCUAUUUGAUGGUGUCAUCCCCUUAAGUAUGACAGGUACAAUUAAUCAGUUAUGGACUGUUGCAAACAUGUUGACUUUAUUUAGAGGUCCUCUUGUUAAAGAUUGGUGCAAAUGAAAAACACUGAAAUUGUAAGUGACAUGUGUACAUAUGACAGUGCAUGUAUAAGAAUACUUCAGAUACACGUUACAACAUGCAUUUUCCCUUUUCU